UUGAAGAAGGGAAAUCCCGAAUGACGUCAUCCUGAUCAUGUGACUGAGCAAAGAGUCGAAAAUGGCCGCCAAACAUGAAAGGACGGGGUCGGAUUAGUCGUCCCAAAAUUCUGAAUGUUUUUCUGUUGUAGUUAGAACAUAUGAACAAUUGAGGCUACGGGAAUAUGGGGAAACAGGCAAGCAAACAGCUUGGAUCCAAUGAAGUGAAGGAUCUGAUGUCGUGUACAUAUUUUGACAAAAAGGAAAUUAGGCAGUGGUACAGAGAUUUCAUGAAGGACUGUCCCAGUGGCGUGUUGAGGAAAGAGGAAUUCCAGACCAUAUACCAACAGUUCUUUCCUCAUGGGGACCCCAGCAAAUUUGCCAAUUUUGUCUUCAAUGUUUUUGAUGCAAAUAAGGAUGGUCACAUCAAUUUUAAAGAAUUUAUCUGUGCCUUGUCAGUGACUUCUAGAGGUACUCUGGAUGAGAAACUGGACUGGGCAUUCAACCUGUACGAUGUGGACCAGGACGGUUACAUCACCAAGGCAGAGAUGGUAAACAUUGUGGACGCUAUCUAUAGUAUGGUGGGGAACAUGUUAGACCUGCCGAAAGACGAAGAUACGCCUGAAAAAAGGGUGGAGAAAAUAUUUGCACAAAUGGAUAAGAAUCACGAUGGGAAGUUAUCAAAAGAUGAAUUCCGCGAGGGUUCUAAGUGUGACCCUUGGAUAGUCCAGGCGUUGUCCAUGGAGAUGCCGGCCGGAAGAUGA